UUUCUGAAGUAUCUAAUGUAUAGUUAUGUCCUAUAACCUUGUCAAAACGAUUGGGAGAUAAUUCAGACUUAAUUACAACCUUCCGUGUUGAAGCUUUAUCAGUGUUUCGUGCCAGCAGCCGCCGCGCCGCAACUUUGGAGGGCUCUGAAAGCUUAAUUACCCGUGUUUGAGCGAGUUGUUUUAUCGAUUACACGCUCUUCCGCGCCCUGAUACGCCUGUGAUACUCUUAAGCCUAUUUGGAACUUGAUAGGGAUCUUAAAAUGUGCGCGAAAACGAUGAUGUGUGUCAAUGGAUGUACUCGCGAUAUAGGUCGUAGGUGUAUUGACGAUGGUAUCGCCAUGGAAUACGCAGUGAUUGUGAAUUAAGGAGUGAGAGAAAGCAUUCGUCAUGUAUGGGAAGUUGAAUGUAGCAGUGACGGCGCGUAACAAGGUGGUAUGGAUAGCGGCAGGCUGGAGGCAGUCCCGCCUGGGACGGUGCACCUCGACACUGUGAGGGCUCUGCACCAGACUGUGGUAUCACUGAGGACUGCACUCGAAGUAUCGAAAAACGAACUAAAAGAGCUGAAACAGAAAUACGAAGAGCACUCACAUUGCUUAGAAUAUGCUGAUGUAAUAGAAAAGUUGUCAUUAGAGAAUCACAUACUGAGGAGGAAGAUAAUAGACAAAGAUUUUGAAGAUAGGGAGCCAAGAACUCCAAACAUAAAGUUGCAGGUCACCUACAGUCCUAGACAGAAUGUAGAGGAUUAUAGUGAAGUAGUUAUUAACACUGCUACUACUGAAUUAGACAGUACCAUUGAAAGUGUAGAGCCAGAGACUCAAAAAGACAUAAGGUUCUGCUCUACUGAGCAGUUGAAUAAGAUAGAGGAGCAGUUAGAGUCUGCUGAGGAAAAGCUUUGUGAAGAAUAUUCUCAAGGUGAUAAUGUAGAGUUGUCAUCAAAUAAGGAAGAUCUAGAGAUAUCAUCAGGCAGUGACAUCAAAGAAUCAGAGGCAGAGGAUCCUCGCAGUCAAAUAGCAAGCUUUGCUAGGCGAGAGUCAGAGGACAGUCAACCAACUAGCUUCAAAACAAAACUAGAAUUACUCUCAAAGUUUGAUGUCAGAAUAAAAGUAAGAACUCUGAAAGAAGGUACUAUAAUAUCAAGUACAACAUCUGAUAGUGACUCUACUACAGAGGAUAAGAGAGACAAAGAUAAAGAGUCAAAAGAGACUACAGGCAGAUUUCAGUUUCAGGAAAGGAGAGAGCAUUUUGAAAGCAAAGAAGAUCAGAAAGGCAACUGGAUUAAUUUGAAGUCAGUGUCGUCUGAAAAUAUAAAGAUGGCUGUACCAAAUGAAGCAGAUGCUAAAACCAAAGUGGACAAAUUUGAUGUUCAAGUGAGGAUCACUUCUGAAGAGAAUCUGGUGGUGAAGGAACAUUUAGAGAGGAGCCGACGGAAAGACACACUGAACUUGGAUGUUGAUGAUUUGAGUCUUAGAUCGUUGUCGGAGGGCGAUAACUCGGUGUUCUCUGAAGGUGUCACGACUCCUCUCGACCCUCAGGGCCCACCGACUGAAGACAAACUCGAUCAAGACAACGCAAGCGGCAACGAAUCUGAGGAAGUGGAUGAUAUAGAACUCAUAUUCACCACAGACGAGUCUAAGGAUAUGAGUAAUUUGCAGGAGGAUUUAGUGUCAAUACGUGAAAGCGGCGACACGGAGACUGAACAAUGGGCACCUUCCUCCACCUCCACCCACUCAACACCCGUUCUCAUCAAGUUCCACACCUUGGACCCUGACUUCCAACCACGAGGGGAAACCGCAGACAACGCAGAGAACGAGAACCAGGAAAACAGCAGUCUGCAAGGAGUACUAGCUGACUCCUCGCUCAGGAUCAAAAGGGUUUCCCUUCCCAGUGAUAAAGACAUAAGGCAUGUAGCCUUUAACGGGAAAAGCUUGGAUCUUCCAGGAAGAGGCAUCUUAAAGAGUUGCGACAACAAGUCUGAUAACAUGUUGUACAGGAAAAGUCCGAAUGCGAGCACCAGGAGGCUAGACAGUGUGGAUAGUCUGACCUGCGAGUAUAACCGAGGUCUUAGCUUCGAUAACACGAAGUCUUCGAGCUUCGAACUCGGUUCCAGCAUGGAUAUCCUCCAUAGAGAAGAGAGUAUGGAUAGUUUCCACAGAAAUGCCAACUUAGGUCACAGGUUUUCUGUGUUUGCGGAAACGGAUAUAUCGAAAUGCGGCAUCUCUGAAGAUGAUCUUGCCGCCAAUUUGAACAUCAGGAGGAAUACUUGUCCAAAUCCUUUCCAGUACAGGCCCGCACCACCCCGUUACGUUUCUCGCGCUCCCGGGCCGUUCAAAGCGGGGUCGCGGCGGCCGGUGCUGCGGGACGCCACGACGCCGCGCCGGGACAGCGGCGCACAGACAGAUGUCACCGCGUUGCCGCCGCGGUGGAGCUCCGACGGACAUCUGGCUUACAAGAUGUCUCUGCCGGUGGUGGCGCCGUCGCAGCCCCCGCGGGGCGCGGGCGCGGGCCGCCGCCCUCCGCCGCCCGACGCGCGCCCGCCGCCGCCCGCGCGGCGCUCCGACGAGACCAGGCGCGUGCUGCUCAGUGACAUCGGUUUCACGUCAAUGGUCCCGGAAUUGUCCCGCUCGGCGGACCCGGUGUGGGCGCUGGCGCGACUCCCCCCCACCAGCGACGCCUCACCCGUCUCCACCUCCACCUCAAAAUUCCUAUCGCGCGGCUCGUCCUACCGUUCGCCGUGCGUCAGCAUCGACCGCAGCAACGACUGGAUCCCGCAGAAUGUCUUCGUGCCUAACAAAGCGGACAGUCGCGCGUGGCGCAGCUCUCUGCCGGACGUGAGACGCGACGACACGGACGAGCUGCUGGAGGAAGCUGAGAACUAUCUGCGGCGGUCCAUCGACAACCUGCGCUCUACGUCACUUGAAUCGGAGCGUCCUCUAGGCCAACCGGCAGCCCUGGGCCAGCCGUACAUCCCGUCGGAGCCGCGCCAGCUGCGGCUGGGACACACCGUCAAGGUCAUCACGCCACACGCCCGCGUGGCGGUGGGCAGAGUACGCUACGUGGGCAUAGCGGGCGGGUCGGCGGCCAGCUGCGGCGUGGUGGUGGGCGCGGAGUUCCCCCUGGCCGCGCACCCCGCGCUGCCGCGCAACGACGGCACGCACCGCCAGCGCCGGUACUUCCUCACGGCGCCGCACCACACCGCGCUCUUCGUACCCUUCAACAAGGUCGUCAUGGCGUGGGCCAACUAGACCAGGUACGACACGACAUCCCAGCACUUGACAACCAAGCGAUAUCAAUUUGAGGCCUGUUAUUAAACGAAAUACAUCAAAAUUUCGGCAACAGCAGCUACAAAUAUCCAACGUCAAAUAAAGAACUUCAACUUUCAAUUUCGACGUUAAAAGAGUAAUGAUGAAAAGUGACGUCAACUACUUUUGAACAUUGCGGAAACUAAUAUAACUCGGCGUGAAAUAUCCACCAUGUUAUGAGCGCUAUAUACGUCUGAGAGACAAAAGAAUUUGACUUUAAACAAUUGACAAAUAGGUACUGUACAUUAUCUACGUAUGUGCUUAAUAACAGUUCAUGAAAAUCGUAAGCCUAAGAAAUCUAUGCAAGUAAUUAGCAUACGAUGCCUAGUAAGAAAUACGUGCUGAUUCCUGCAGACGCCACCUAAUUUUAUUUUAAGUUAUACCUGUCAUCAUCCGUUGAAAAAGAAAGGGACGGGUAAUCGUCAGGCAUAAAAUUUAUGGAAUAUACGCCCAUUUUAAGCAGUAAUCUAAAACAACCGUCUAAAAAUUUUACAUCGGCCAACAGAAUUAAGUUGAUAGCACACGUCAAACUGCAUACCAGCGAGAUACCUUUUUGAUUCGCCCGGUUUAUUCAUUCAUUUACUCAUUCUUCCUAAGAUUAAGAGCUGUCAAUCAUCCGUCCCUUUCCUUUUCGGUGAAUAAGAAAAUGACAGGUAUAACUUAA